AUGAGAAAUCUGAUUUUGGUAGAAUGUUUAGUUAGAAAAAUAACAAGAAAUAAUGCAUUGUAUCCCAUAUGUUUGACAUUUGAUUUCUCGAAUGCUCGUCACGAUAAUCAACAAAUAACAAGUGAGAUAUGUAUUGUAACCUUCAGUGAUCUAUUAUUUCAUCGAGACGAUACGGAAAUUACGAUAAGAAGAUCCUUAAAUAAUCAUCAAACAUCUCUACAACAAUUUUCUUCCAAAUGUAUGAUCAAAUAUUGUUGCAGAUGGCGUUUUCAAUGGAUCAUUACAAAUCGACUCAUUUAA